AUGCACAAAUAUAGAAAUCUUUUAAAACCAUUUUUAAUUGUGUGUACUGAUGGCCAUAUUAUUGAUGUUUUGGGCCCAUACCCAGCUACAACAUCUGAUGCUGACAUCAUGAAAAACGAAUUUUCAAAUGGAAGACCUUUGCAAGAAUAUUUCCAACGAGGUGAUGCAUUUAUAUUAGAUAGAGGCUUUCGUGAUUCACUACCUUUGUUGCACCAAUGUGGAUAUAGGACAUAUGUGCCUGCUUCGUUGGAGGAGGGUGAAAGACAGCUAUCAACUAGCAAGGCCAAUAAAUCUAGAGCAGUCACCAUUUGUCGUUGGGUUAUUGAAAUUGUUAAUGGAAGAUUUAAACGUGAUUUUAAAUUAUUUCGCCAAAAUUAUUUCAAUAAAUCCAGUAAAACUUUCAUGAAAGAUUUUGAGGUGGCUGCUGCCCUUUUAAAUAAGUUUCACCCUCCUAUAGUUGAUCGUGUAGAUGCUGGGGAAAUAAUACAAGAAAUAGAUAAAUAUAUGAAUACAGAAAAUGUAUUAGCUGAUUUUAUUAUAACAAAUAAUUAUAACAGGCAUCAAGCUAAUUUUGAAAGUAUCACAAUACAUAAUGAUAAUUUAAAUGAUUUCCCACAGCUCUCCGAUAGUGAGCUUAUACUUAUUUCUUUAGGAACAUACCAAAUAAAGCAGGCACGUUCCUAUUAUGGUGAACAUAUUAGAGGAAAUGAUGGUUUUAUCAUAGAAGUGUGCAGGGAGGUCAGCCGCAGCCUUAUUCGAGAGCUGUCGGCCUCAAGAGAAAUACUUUACCCACGGGGAACCUGUAAUGUAAACAUCAAAUAUAAAAAUACAGAAGUCAUAGGAAGAAUCUUUGUUAUUGAUAGAAAAGUUGAUCCUGUAUUGGGAAGAGAAUGGAUUAGGAAAUUAAACUUACAAUUUGACAUAAAUUCACUACAAAAAGAAGAAAAUGAUAUUACAGAAAAAGAGUUUACUGAGAAAUUGAAAAAAAUUAUACAAGAAUACAAAGAACUAUUUUCUGAAGAAAUAGGAGAAAUUAAAGAUUAUCAAGCAGUAUUUAAAUUGAAAGAAGGUGCAGUUCCAGUCUUUUUAAAACCACGUCCAGUACCAUUCGCUUUGAAGGAUCAGGUGGAAGCAGAAAUAGACAGAUUAGAAAAGGAAGGAAUAUUAGAAAAAGUCACAUACUCACAGUGGGGAACACCAAUUGUUCCUGUCUUGAAGCAAAAUGGAAAAAUGCGCUUAUGUGCUGACUAUCGUGCUACAUUAAACAAAAAUCUGGAAAAUGACAACUACCCUAUACCUCGUGUUGAAGAAAUAUUUUCAAAGUUAAGUGGAGGAAAAUAUUUUUGCACACUGGAUAUUAAUCAAGCUUAUUUGCAUUUGAAGACUAAUGAAGAUACAGCAGAAAUGCAAGCUAUUAGUACAUGCAAGGGUACAUACAAGGUGAAAAGACUAAUGUUCGGAGUGAAAAUUGCACCAAAUGUUUGGCAGAGAUACAUGGAUCAAACACUUCAAGGAAUGGAAGGUACAGUUUGUUUUUUUGACGACAUUGCUUUACAAGGACGUACAUUUAUACAAUUACUACAAAGAAUUAGGAAGGUAUUUGACAAAUUAAAAGAAUGUGGACUACACUUAAACAGAGAGAAAUGUCAGUUUUUUCAGAAAUCAGUUACUUACCUAGGACAUACAAUAAAUGAAAAAGGUCUACACCCUACAGAAGAUAAAGUAAAUGAUAUAAAGAAUAGUUCACGUCCAACAGAUGUUUCUUCACUACGCACAUUUUUGGGAAUGAUAAAUUACUACCAACAAUUUAUACCUAACUUAGCAUCAAAACUAAAUCCUUUAUACAAAUUAUUACAAAAAGAUACAAAAUUUACUUGGUCAACAUCAUGUGAACAAGCAUUUCAAGAACUGAAAAAAGAAAUCUGCGGAGAAAAAGUACUUAUACCAUUUCAUGAAAACUUACCUGUCACAUUAGCCACUGAUGCAUCACCAACUGGAUACGGAGCUGUGUUGUCACAUAUUAUGCCGGAUAAAUCAGAACGUCCAAUAGCUUUCGCGUCAAGAUCUCUUACAAAGGCAGAGAAAGGUUACAGCCAGUUAGAUAAAGAAGCCGCAGCAUUAGUUUGGGGACUGAAGAAAUUCUUUCAGUAUUGUUACGGUAGAAAAAUAAUUCUCAUAGUAGACAACCAACCAUUAGCUAGAAUUUUACACCCAGAGAAGGCUACACCUGCUACAACAGCCAUACGACUUGUACAUUAUGCUAACUUUUUAGCUGGAUUUGAUUACCAGAUAAAACUAAGGAAGACUGCAGAACAUGCUAAUGCCGACUAUUUUUCAAGACUACAACAUACAAAUAAAAAUGAAAAGAAUGAUACACUUACAGAUGACGAAGCUUUCUACUUAAAUCAGAUUUCAGAAAUACCAGUUUCAUUACAAGAGAUAAGGGUAGCUACAGCUACUGACCCGGAACUACAGAAGUUAUAUAUUGAUAUACAAUCAGGACGAGAAGAUAAAACUAGACUACAUGAAUUUUCAUUGCAGAAUAAUUGUAUAUUUUAUGGCAUACGAAUCGUCAUACCUAAGAAACUACAACCUAAAAUAUUAGAAGAAUUACAUACAGCGCACAUGGGUAUAGUUAAGAUGAAGGCUUUAGCAAGAAGCUAUGUGUGGUGGAAGAACAUUGACAUAGAUAUUGAAAAUAUGGUGAAACAAUGCAAGAGAUGCUGUUUGAUGCGUAAAAACCCGACUAAGGUACCUGUACACAGCUGGGAAUACCCUAAGGAACCGUGGAGUCGUAUUCAUAUUGAUUAUGCCGGACCAUUCAUGAACCAAUAUUUUCUUAUGGUGGUAGAUGCCUAUACUAAAUGGUUAGAAGUUAUACCUACUAAUUCUAUGUCAGCUGCAACAACUAUAAAUAUUUUAAAGAAGUUAUACACUACAUUUGGUUUACCAAUAACGCAAGUCUCGGAUAAUGGAAGACAAUUUAGAUCAGAAGAAAUGCAAAAAUUCUUAAAAUAA